ACACGACACCAACCUACAACGCCAUGGUGGACCUUUCAGAUCGCUACAAGCAUGAAGAGGACGACGAGGAUGAGGAGGAUGAGGCAAUGGACGAGACCGGAUACAAGACGGUCAAAGAUGCCGUCUUAUUUGCCAUUGAUGUCAGCGACUCCAUGACCAAGCGCCCUCCGCCCUCGGAUUCGAAGAAAGCCGACCGCGACUCUCCCACCUCGGCCGCCUUGAAAUGCGCAUACCAGUUGAUGCAGCAGCGCAUCAUCUCCAACCCCAACGACAUGAUGGGCAUACUGCUGUUCGGAACCGAAGAGUCAAAAUUCGAAGGGAGCGAGGUGAUGGGCGAAGGGGGGCUUAAUUACCCGCACUGCUACCUCUUGUCAGACCUGGACGUGCCGGCCGCCGCCGAUGUCAAAAGACUAAAGAACUUGGUUGAGGAUGAAGAGGAAGCGGAGAAGCUCUUGGUACCAUCGAAGGAACCCGCAUCGAUGGCGAACUUGCUGUUCUGCGCCAAUCUCAUAUUCACUACAAAGGCCCCAAACUUCUUGUCCCGGCGACUCUUCCUCGUCACGGACAAUGACAACCCGCACAAAGGUAAUAAGGAAAUGAGGGAGUCUGCGGCGGUGCGCGCAAAGGAUUUGUACGACCUGGGUGUUGUGAUCGAGCUGUUCCCAAUCUCCAAUGCCGAGCGUGGCUUUGACAGAACCAAGUUUUACGAUGACAUUGUCUACCGGCCACUCAUGGCCGACCCCGAAGCUCCGGCACCCAUCUCUGGACCGGCGGACCCUUCUUCUAGUGCAGACGGCAUCACAUUGCUGCAGUCCCUUCUUUCCUCGAUCAACUCCAAGGCCGCGCCUCGACGUGCGCUCUUCAAUCUCCCCUUCGAAAUAGGCCCUGGUUUGAAGAUAGGAGUCAAGGGCUACAUUCUGAUCAAGCGCCAGGAGCGCGUUCGGAGCUGCUAUGUCUGGCUGCACGGCGAGAAGCCACAGAUUGCUGUGGGAAUGUCGUCGAGAUUCGCCGAAGACUCGGCACGUGAAGUCGAAAAAGCAGAGAUCAGGAAGGCAUACAAGUUUGGCGGGGAGACCGUCACUUUCACGACGGCGGAGACCAGUGCCAUCCGCUACUUUGGCGAUCCCGUCAUCCGCAUCAUCGGCUUCAAGCCGAUCUCGAUGCUUCCCGCCUGGGCAAACCUGCGUCCUGCAACUUUCAUCUAUCCAACCGAAGUGGACUACAUCGGGUCAACCCGCGUCUUCUCCGCCCUCUGGCAAAAGCUGCUCAAGGAUGAGAAGAUGGGCAUAGCAUGGUUUAUCCCCCGACGCAACGCUUCGCCCACGUUAGCCGCCCUCAUCCCGGGCAAGGAGAAGCACGGCAGCCGCGACGAACAGGUGAUGCCGCCCGGGCUGUGGGUCAUCCCGCUGCCCUUCGCCGACGACAUCCGAUCGAACCCCGACACGGAUCUCGUGCGCGCCACCGACAACCUAACAGACGUGAUGCGCGGCGUGAUCCAGAACCUGACGCUGCCCAAAGGCGAAUACGACCCGGCGCGGUACCCGAACCCCAGCCUGCAGUGGUUCUACCGCAUCCUGCAAGCCAUUGCCCUCGAGGAGGACCUGCCCGAGAAGCUAGAGGACAAGACGGUGCCCAAGCAUCGGCAAAUUGCCAAGCGCGUGGGCGACCAGGUCACCGAGUGGGGGCAGGUGCUGGACCAGGAGUUUAGUGAGUGGGAGGCUGCGAGUCGGCAGCAGCAUAAGCGCCGCGGCGAGAGCGAGCAGCCCCAGGCGCUGCCGAAGCGGGCCAAGACGGAGGCGGCGGCGGGCGACGUGCUCGACGACGCCGAGAUGAAAGGCCAUUACGAGCGGGGCUCGCUGGCGAAGCUCACGGUGCCGGUGCUGAAGAACUGGGCCCAUUCCAAGCACAUCUCGGUCGCGGGCAAGAAGGCAGACAUUAUCGAGCGUAUUGAGGAGCACUUUGAAACGAAGUAAGCGCGGCAGCAGAGCGGAGUGGACUUUUUGGGAUCAAAAUGACUUCUGCAUGUAGGCACAGACGCGGACAGGGCCUGUGAGACGCUGUAUUGCUGGCUCGUGGGGCUGCGGCAAUAGCGCCGGUGUAGAGAGCAUGUGUGUAGGUUGGAGAGGGCUGAGGGCUGAAGGCCGAGACUUUUGCCCGAUUGGCGGCGCUUCGUAGUGAUACCAGAUGAGAUUAUGGAGCAAGGAGUCCGGGCGAACGGGGCUAGGCGGGCGAUUGAUUGUGUCCAUCCACACGUCCUGCGGGAGAUGGAUGAUGAUGAUGUAGAUGUGGAUAGCUGAGACUUGUUUAUCGAACG